CGGGUCCUAUGACUUAUCAGGUGGUUGUUGAGCUGCAAGGAGGAGGAGGAGGGAGAAGAGAAUUAGAAAGUGUAUGUGUGAGUGAGUCAGGGGGGUUUUACUUGUAAUUUCUGGUGCAUCUGACCCUCAGCUGUGUGACCAGCCCUCAGACCUCUCCGGCUCGUCUCGGGCGUAUAUGAGCGUGAAAGCAGAAGCAGCAAGUAUCUGUCUGUGACUCUUUUUGUUAUUAUUUUGAGCAACGCUGUCACUCUCAGGAUGGCCGGAGGCUCGGUGUCUGAGUGCAAGGAAUACCUGUUCAAAGUUCUGGUGAUCGGGGAACUUGGUGUGGGCAAAACCAGCAUCAUCAAACGCUACGUCCACCAGCUUUUCUCGCAGCACUACAGGGCGACGAUCGGGGUCGACUUUGCGCUAAAAGUUAUCAACUGGGACAGCAAAACCCUGGUCAGGUUACAGCUGUGGGAUAUAGCAGGCCAGGAGCGAUUUGGGAACAUGACGCGGGUCUACUACAAAGAGGCUGUUGGGGCAUUUGUGGUGUUCGACGUGACGAGGGGCUCCACGUUUGAGGCCGUUUCGAAGUGGAAGCACGACCUGGACAGUAAGGUGAAGCUGGCUAACGGCAGCCCCAUCCCCUCAGUGCUGCUUGCUAACAAAUGCGACCAGAAGAAAGAGAACUCCAACAACACAGCCCUAAUGGACAAUUUCUGCAAAGAGACCGGCUUUUUGGGCUGGUUUGAAACAUCAGCUAAGGACAACAUCAAUGUGGAUGAGGCAGCACGUUUCCUGGUAGAGAAUAUCUUGGCUAACGACAAAGGUUUGCCUUACGAGGAGAGCAAUGGAGACCGGAUCAAACUGGACAACGACCCUGUGGCUGCUGAGAGCAAGUCAGGCUGCUGCUAACACUUAAUCCAUCCACAUUAACCAUCCGCCUUCUUUGGCAGGAUCCAUCGAGUGCGCCACAACUCUCUCUAUCGCAGCCUCGAAGAGGAAUAGGAAUGUUUUUGGCUCCUCAAAUCUCCAGGAACUUCUCUGAUGGCCAAUUGACCUGCACAUCCAAGUUUCUUGUAGCUGUUCAAAUGCUGUUUCAGGAUCUUUAUUGAUUUCUUUGUCCCAUCACCAGCCCUGAUUGUCCACCACCAACUAUUAACCCCACUCUGAAGUCCUGGACUGUGUCACACCUGAGAAGGGGUUUAAACUGAACAAAAAGCUGAGAUUCAAGCCUGGAAACAACCUGUAGCUUUUUAAUUACUUUAGUGUGCUUUCUCUAAGUAUCCUCUGUUGAUGUUGAUGCCACUGCGUCUGUGAAACUAGACAUUUUAGUGUUUUUCUGUCAUUCUUUAGUUAACAUAGAUCCAUGUUUAUGUCGCUGAAACAUUUGACACGCAGCGCAUCCUUGUUUAUGUCCCAACCUGUUCUCAAAUUAGACAACUGUGUAAAAAGUAAGCAAACGGGCAUCAUAGUUAAGUUUUAUCAUUUUUUUUUAAAUAUUUUAAAACUGCUAUCAAGAUUUGUUGUAUUUAUGCCAUAUUUUACCUGAAACAAGGUGCCGCAAUACACACUUUUUUUGGAUGGACAAUACAGUAUUUAUGUUUAAAAAAAAGAGAAGAAAAAAGAACUCUAAUGAUGGUACUAUGUGAGACAUUGAGAAACUUUUGUUUGAUUGUCUUUCCGUUGGUAUGAUAAUAUAAGUGUGAUUAACAGUAUGUAUCUUCAAAUUGAAUCAGACAGAGGACUAUAAUCUGUCGUGCCUUGGGUCGCUAAUCUGUUUAAGUAUACAGAAGAAAUGAGAAAGAAUUUUUUAAAACAUGUUUACAUGUGGAAAAUACUUAAAAUCUUUAAGACCAAAAUAGAAUAAACAUUUUAACAGA